AUGUCUACUUCCUGUGUUAUGUCUUGAUACGACGAAGUUAGGUUAUAAGUGAUGUCUGUGUGUUAAUAUAUGAAAACAUGAGUGAUUAUACGUUUGAUGAGGACGGCAACCCAACCUUGAGGACUAAUGGAGCUUCUCAAAGAAAUUUCUUUUCGGACGAAGAGGACAUAACGAAUAUUUUCGAUGUUGGUGGCGAUGGUUUCGAUGUUACGCUUUCGAUGGCCGAGGAGACCCUCAGCUGGACAAGUGUCAAUCCACACAGAGCUCGGAAAUCAAAAGGAAAAGGUUUAUCCCUGUUCCGGUCUGCCAAACAUGUCCCCCCAGAAAAGGAUAGUCUGGAACUCAAGAAUAUACUUGGUGUGAAAAUAAAACGUCGGAAAAAGAAUCGGAAGGAAGGGGAUGGGAUGUGCCUCGGUUUUAUUGUAUACACCUACCAACAAUUUGGACCAAACACAUAUCGAGAAAAAGUUAUAGAAUUUGAACAUCCUAGUGAAAAUCUGUGUAGGAAGUAUAGCGAACGGAUAUUUAACUAUAUCAGAGAACUUCCUGGAAGACCACAGUCAGUGAAACUGUUCAUGCAGGUUAUGGCUGGCCAUAAGAUGAGUAAACAAUUAUACAGAGACAAGGUGUUGCCAAUCAUCCAAGCGGCGGGCAUUGAUGUGGAUUGUGUGGAAAUCCAACAUGCUGAGUUUGUAAAGCAGGAAAUGGUCCACAUCAAUUUAGAUGACUAUGAUUGCAUUGCAUGUAUGGGCGGCGACGGCACAGUCAAUCAAGUUGCUACAGGGCUGAUGAACAAAAUCCAGGCUAAAAAUGAUGUGGAGGUCAAGGCUGGCUUCACCCCGGUUGCCUGCAAUGUACCGCUUUGUAUCCUUCCAACAGGAACAACAAAUCAGGUAGCUGGAUCUGUCCUUGGAAUUGGUCAGGCUGUCACGUCAACAAUACAUAUGAUUCUAGGUAACUACAGGCAAGUGGAUAUAUGUUCAGUCUACCACGAAGAGAAACUGUUAAAGUGGUCAUUUAUAUCACAAUAUGGCUUCGGAGGAAAUGUUCUCAGCAUGUACGAACGCUAUAAACACAAGCUUGGUGCUAAAGGCCUCGACGCUGCUAUACUGAAAGCACUCACCAAGUCAAAACUACGGCCGUAUGAGUGUGAAGUGGAGUACAUACCAGCAGACCCUGUAUCGAACGCUGAAGAAAAGAACACGGAUAAUGAGUACUCUACAUGUAGGACUGGGUGUACUAGAUGUUGGACGGAGGAACUUGAUGACUCAGCAAGUGUCACCAACGACACACAGGUACAAGACUUUGACCCUCUCAACACCUCAAAUAACAGUGAGAGCUUCAUGGAUCUUUCCAAAUUAGAAUCCCCCUGGAAAACGUUCAAGGGAUCAUUCCUCAACGUGGGACUCUACAGUAUUCCGGGAAACUGUGAAAUGGCUCCUGAAGGGUUGGAUAAGUUCAGCCAUCUUUGUGACGGUUCCAUGGAUCUAGUCCUGGUAAAGGAUACAUCACGCAAGGACUUUGUAAGGUUUAUACGACGACAUGCCAACUCUAAAAACCAGUUUGAAAUGCCAUUUGUGGAGAAGAUAUGUGUCAAGGAAGUCCGGUUUAAGCCCCGCUCGCGGUCUACGUGGAACUACAAAGACCACACCUACAGUGAAAUCGAGUACCGAGAGUCUGCAAUCAAAAAUCGACGUGGAACAAUCCAAAGUAUGGACAUUCUCGAGAUUGAAGAUGAACGGACAACGCCAAAGCAUCGCCAUACACAGAGUUUACAGAUGCUGGAUAAUAUCAGUGACAUUGAUACAGAUGAGGAUGAGGGAAUAGACGAUAUUGAUGAUCUUUCAUCAGAUCCUGCUAGUAGAAAGGGGUCUGGUGGAACUAACAGAAAUUCUGCCGGAAGCAGUCGAGGAUCUGCUGGAAGCCGGAAAAAAAUUAAAAAUGGAGAUGUUAUCAUCAAUACUGCCCAGCAAGAGAAGCAACUGGUCGGGCCUCAGUAUCGGAUGACCUUCGCAGAGAAAGACAAAUUGAAGAGAAAGACCAGACAAAUUAAAAAAGAAGAAAAAGUGAAGGAAAAAGAAGCAUCAAAGUCUAGAUCUGUAUGGAAUAUAGAUAAUGAAAUUUGUACAGAGCAGGAUCUCAAUUUUAGGGUACAUCAUGGACUAAUAAAAAUCUGCGGCCAAGGAAUAUCGCCUAAUACACAUGUGUUCACAGACUCUCCUGUGCUGUGUCUGUCUAUGAUGGGCUGACAUGGAAAUAGAGGCUCCAAUUCAGGUCCCACCAAAUGAUGUGUCAAAAUUAUCAUGUUUCAGCAUUCAUUGGAAAACUGGUCUACAUUUAUCAACACACCAGUCAAACAAUGUUGUGGAGAUGAGAAUUCUCUUUUCACAGCGUCAGAAAUCCUCCAAAUAGGAUACACAUAUCGUCACAAAAUGGCAGCGUUGUCACUUUUAUCACAUAAGGUGGAUUAUAAUCUGCAGAGAUUGCCAAUAUUAGGUAACAUCAUAAUCAUUUUAUAAUAGGUUAUUAAAUAACCACAUAAUUAGUGUAAAGUGUGUUACAGUAUACCGAGAAAGUUUCGCCUCCGUUUCCGUUUCACAUUUUUUGUCCUCGGCAAUGAGUGUGAGUUCAUCAUGACGGGGCAUACCCUAUACAGUAAUCACAUGUGAAGGGUGAAAAAUACCGGUAUGGAUUUCACCAAUGAAGAAUAAGUAUUUGAUUGGGCAACAUUUUCCAGUAUACAGUAUUACAUGUAUGAGGAUUCGAGAUUUCCAGUACUGGGUUACCACAUAAUCAUGUUACAAGGCGUUAUCUAGACCAUCAGAGUUCAUUGGGUAAAUUGUCUUUGAAAGUGACUCAAGUUUUUGGGAAUAUGUUUUAAGAAUAUUUUUUAAUGACAAAGUGAUUACGAUUCCAUUGACAGUAUGAACAUGUCUUAAAUGCAUUUGACAUCUUCAGUAUUGAUGUGACUCCUGUUUGAAAUUGUUGUAUGUGGUUUUUGUGUCUUCAAUACUCCGGGGGUUACAACUUGCUUACACUUUUUGCACCCCGGAAUUUGUCAGAAAAGAACAGGUAUAAGCCUAGCAAAUGGUCAAGUCUUUUAUGACCUGAGUUCAGUCAAGUAGCUAGCCGUGUGCCUUCAAUUAUGCAAAGACAUGUUCCAGGGUUGCAGAAAGGUGCAAGUGAACACAACCCCUGAAGUUUUGGGGAUGCACUUUUAAAGCAGAUCAAAUUUGAAAUGCACAAUUAUCAUGAUACAUAUCAUGUUAUUCACAAUAAAUUAAAGUCAUUUGUUAGUAUGCAUUGAAUGUCAAAUUUAUUGCUUGAAGGGAGAUCAUAUUGAAUUAAAUAGAUAAAAAGGA